ACAUCUUGAAUACAAAAUUUUGAAACUGUGCCAUCAACUACAAUUAUCAAACCAUCAAUUAUCAAACCAUCAACACCAACAGAAAUUAUGUUAGAUUGAUAAGAUUCAUAAUAAUACGACAAUGGCCAUAGAUGUAAAUUUUAAUUUUAAUAACAGCUUGAAUGCUUUUAUUUUACAUAGAAUAACUUAUCAUGUACGUGGUGGAAUUCAAGUAGAAUUACCGUAAGACUUUGUGUAGAACUAGCAAGGUUUAACAGAGAUUAGCUAGCAUAGCUGACAACUGGGCAGUAUCGACGGUGGCAUUUUAGGCUCCUGACGUGGCACCCAGUCGUCUGUGGUCACCUUCAAAAUUAGCGUUUAACUGAUAAAGAGAUUUCCUACUGGUAGUUUACAAUACUUAACCCUAAACCUAAAUCUAUAUAAACAAAACUUUCCCAGCCUGAGAGGUCUUAGCACUGGAUUUCUAGGGGAUUAAAGACUGUAGCUCCUUGUUUCUUGUUAUUUUGGUGGAGUUCUCUGUUGUUUCUUCUUCAACAACCAUGGCGGACGCAGAUUUGGAUGUGGAUGUGGCCGCUGCGCAGCCGAAGAAGAGAACGUUCAAGAAGUUUACCUUCAGAGGUGUUGAUCUCGAUGCGCUUUUGGACAUGUCCUCUGAUGAUCUCGUCAAGCUCUUUCAUGCCCGUGCUCGAAGAAGGUUCCAGCGAGGUUUGAAGAGGAAGCCAAUGGCCCUGAUCAAGAAACUGCGGAAAGCUAAGCGUGAAGCUCUUCCAGGUGAAAAGCCAGAACCAGUUAAAACUCACCUCCGAAACAUGAUUAUUAUGCCUGAAAUGAUUGGAAGCAUCAUUGGUGUAUACAAUGGGAAGACCUUCAACCAAGUUGAAAUCAAGCCUGAAAUGAUUGGACAUUAUCUGGCAGAGUUUUCUAUUUCAUACAAGCCAGUGAAGCAUGGAAGGCCUGGUAUUGGUGCCACCCACUCAUCUAGGUUCAUUCCUUUAAAAUAGGGCUAUAUUUGUUUAGUUUAUAUAGAAGAGCAGAGAAGGAUGUUUUGAAUAUUUUUGGUUUAGGUAUGGAUUAGCCAUUUUGUAUCUUUAGCUUACGAGGAACUGUUUGUUAUGAUAACGAGUGGUUUGAAUGGUUUUGUUUUCUUCUGUCUAAUUAGUGCAUUCUAUGGUUUGGGAUUUCUCUGUUCGGUCAAGUACAGAGGCAUGCUAUAUUUGUCUCAAUUGUUGCUUUAUGUAAAGAGACAUUUCUUAUAAACAUUGCAAGCAUUACAAGCCGCCUGGGCAUUCCUUUUUUCAAUAAAAUUUUGUAAUCUUAUAUUUUAAUACAAAAAUUUAUUAUUUUGAGAUUUCUCUUUUUA